AAAGCAGAGGGCCCAGAUGUGGAUGUGAACCUGCCCAAGGCUGAUGUUGCUGUCUCAGGACCCAAGGUGGACGUUGAAGUUCCAGAUGUGAGCCUCGAAGGUCCAGAAGGAAAGCUGAAGGGCCCCAAGUUUAAGAUGCCUGAGAUGCACUUCAAGACCCCCAAGAUCUCCAUGCCUGAUGUGGACUUACACUUGAAAGGCCCCAAAAUCAAAGGGGAUGUGGAUGUGUCUGUACCAAAAUUGGAGGGAGAUUUAACAGGCCCCAGUGUGGAUGUGGAGGUGCCUGAUGUUGAGCUGGAGUGUCCUGAUGCAAAGUUGAAAGGCCCUAAAUUUAAGAUGCCUGACAUGCAUUUCAAGACCCCCAAGAUCUCCAUGCCGGAUGUGGACUUACACUUGAAAGGCCCCAAAGUCAAAGGGGAUGUGGAUGUGUCUGUACCAAAAUUGGAGGGAGAUUUAACAGGCCCCAGUGUGGAUGUGGAGGUGCCUGAUGUUGAGCUGGAGUGUCCUGAUGCGAAGUUGAAAGGGCCCAAGUUUAAGAUGCCUGAGAUGCACUUCAAGACCCCCAAGAUCUCCAUGCCGGAUGUGAACUUAAACUUGAAAGGCCCCAAAGUCAAAGGGGAUGUGGAUGUGUCUGUGCCGAAGGUAGAAGGUGAAAUGAAAGUGCCAGAUGUUGACAUCAAAGGACCCAAAAUGGACAUUGAUGCCCCAGAUGUGGAUGUUCAUGGCCCAGACUGGCACCUGAAGAUGCCCAAGAUGAAAAUGCCCAAGUUCAGCAUGCCUGGCCUCAAAGCAGAGGGCCCUGACGUGGAUGUGAACCUGCCCAAGGCUGACAUUGAUGUCUCAGGACCCAAGGUGGAUGUUGAAGUCCCAGAUGUGAGCCUUGAAUGUCCAGAAGGGAAGCUGAAGGGCCCCAAGUUUAAGAUGCCUGAGAUGCACUUCAAGACCCCCAAGAUCUCCAUGCCUGAUGUCGAUUUCAAUUUAAAGGGACCCAAAAUCAAAGGAGAUGUUGACGUUUCUGCCCCAAAGCUGGAGGGAGAGUUAAAAGGUCCAGAAUUGGAUGUCAAAGGUCCGAAAUUAGAUGCUGACAUGCCAGAAGUAGCUGUGGAAGGCCCAAAUGGCAAGUGGAAAACUCCUAAGUUCAAGAUGCCAGAUAUGCACUUUAAAGCUCCCAAAAUCUCUAUGCCAGACCUCGAUCUACACUUGAAGAGCCCCAAGGCAAAAGGAGAGGUGGAUGUAGAUGUUCCCAAAUUGGAAGGGGAACUUAAAGGGCCACAUGUGGACGUCAGUGGGCCAGACAUUGACAUUGAGGGACCAGAGGGCAAAUUGAAAGGCCCUAAGUUCAAGAUGCCUGAUAUGCAUUUCAAAGCCCCCAGUAUUUCUAUGCCGGAUGUUGACCUAAAUCUCAAAGGACCCCAAAUCAAGGGGGAUGUAGAUGUGUCUGUGCCUGAGGUAGAAGGUAAAAUUGAAGUACCAGAUGUGAACAUCAAGGGCCCCAAAGUUGAUGUAAAUGCCCCCGAUGUCCAAGGUCCAGACUGGCACCUGAAGAUGCCCAAGAUGAAAAUGCCC